CAUCAAUGGAAUACUAUUUGGCAAAGAGAGCGUUCCAUCCCAUCACCAAGUUUGGCAGCAAUUUGAGGAACUCAACAUUAAGUCAUAACUCAAACUUUAUUCCUUUAAAGAGAAUGUAUGCUACCGUGGAAUUAAGGCCUAUCCUGUCAACUUCAGACAAACUAAGAAUGAAGAAGUUCAACAUUCUGAGAUAUGAUAGAUUUAAUAAAGACUAUGUGGUUCAAGAAAUGACACUCGAUAAGAUUUUUCCUAAGAACAAGAGUGUCUGCUUCCUUUCAAAUUUCCCAUGCCUGUCUUACUCUCAGAAGAAUAAAUUGCUCAAACAGAGGUUAGAUAAGAGUAAAUUUUUUAAAGAAGGAUUGGUCUCCAAAACUCCUUCAUCAGCUUUGAAAGGAUCAAAUGCAAACCCUUUGUAUAUCAGCAAAUUUCAAAAACUGAAGGAAAAUUAUGACUUCGAUUCGAUAGUUUCAGUUAGUAACUUAUCGGUUGACGAACUUAAAAAAUUUGCAAGGAAGAAUGAAGUUGAAGACUUCCAUUGGUUCUUGCUUCCAAGAGGAACAAGUUUCAUGAAUACGAAACUUACUGCUUUGCCUAAUCAAAGAAUGAAACUCACUUCUUUGUCUAUUUUUAAUACCCUUGAUUUGGCAGAGUGAAUGGUGAACAAGCUUGAACUUAAUGAAAAGAUACUAAGCAACAAUUUUGAAGCCUUGAUAAAGAACAGUAAAAUAUAUGACUUCAACAUCAAAGCAGUGUCUUAUAACUACUACAAGAUUUUGAUGAUAGUCCUAAUUCCUUUAGGAAUGAUUGGAUUAGCUUCUGCUAUCAGAGUUCAUUAUAUCGCCUUUGGCAUGAGUAAUAAGUAUUCUACCAACUAAUUAUGAUAAUUAAGAGUGUAAAUAUAA